CGCUGUCUCCCUAUUACACUGCUAGUCCUCAGCAGCAGCAGCACGACAGAUACAACACGCUCUAUGGAUCAGGGGAGGGUAUCUCUGCACAAAAUGCUUUAAGGAUUACAGUAUAAAGAACAUGUAUCCACUAGGAGCCAAAGGGAAUUUAAAGGGCAAGUAUAUAUUCGCUGCAAGGGUAUUGUGACCAGCAUUCGAUUCUUAUUGAUGUAUUGAAAAUGUUAGAAAGAGUCCCGGCACUUACAAGGCACCUGGAUUUAGGGCUUUUGCCGUGGGAUUUCAAAAUAGUGUUGCCGUGUAAUGUUCCCUGUCUCUAAGAAAGAUUGAAUUUCACAGCGACAAAAGCCAAAGGACCAUCUGGCUGAUGAAAGAACUUUAUAUUCUGCCAAACAGUCUCAAUAAUAGUUAUGAUUGCUGAUUGUUUAGAUGCCUUUUUGUCUCUAUUCAUCCAACGCAUUUUCUGGUGUGAUACAAGAUAUCAUUACUGUCUGUAACUGUUACACUGGCAGUGCUUUAUUAUUUGUAGCUGAAGGAACCCGAACGACCAUCCCAUUCCACGUAUUCUUAGUGCCAGUGAAGUUGUGGGAAGAGGAGAUGAUGUGGGCUUUCACAUGAUGCGGCAGCAGUAACAGUCGUUAAAUGAUAUUUUAAUUAGCUCUCUGUUGUAUCGGAACAGAUUGUGUUGUAGCAGCAAUAUUUACUUCUUUUGCCAUCAUUCAAAUUUCUAUUUCUACUUACCAUUCAUUGGCCUUGGACCACAAAGAGUUUUCUAGUCCCUGCCGGGGUGGCUGAGGCUUUCAAUCCAUGGUUAACAAUAGAAGCAGAUCCAUCACAUCAGUUAAGGGACUGCAGUUAUACAAAGAGUGUGUCCCCAAUAAAGGAAAUUUGGGAGGCAGCUGUUGUUCCUGUCCCUGACGUGGCCUUGUUUAACCCUUUAGUGGCUAGUAACCAAUUGUGCUUUACAACUGCAACCAUUUCCCUCCCAUGUUUGUUUACCCAUGUUGUGCUUUCAGCUAUAAAUACCCUUCCUAGGUGAAUUUUUUCACAAAGGGAUUAAAAUAUAAUCAAUACAGCUAAUAGAAAGGCUUUACACUUUGGACUAUAGUUCCAAGAACACAUUGGUUUUACAAUAACUAAAAAAAAAUAGGGACGGAUGAUAAACAGGAGAAAGCUGCCAUGUGUUAUUUCACAUUUGUGUUUUCUUUCUCAGCAUUGGGCGAUAACAUGUUAAUAUUCCAUUGCCGCUAUGGCUAUACUACAUAUACUGAAUAUUAUGGCACAGGGGAAAAAAGAAAAUAGUAAACCCAUUUCUACAGACAGUGUCUAUGUUUAUUUAAUAAAAAAAAAAAAAUCAGCACCAGAGUAAGCAGAAAUUUAUUUUUUUCUAAGCGAAAGCAGACGGUGAUUGGAUACUCUAAAAUAUAUCCAUAGCCAAUGCAGUGCUGCAUACAAUUCAAUGGCCGAUAUGAGCUCGCUCCACCUUCAUUUUCUUUCUGUUGCCAGCUAGAUUUUACCGUAGCUUCUUUCUCUGAUGGAAAAGGAUAUUACAAAAGGAUCUAACCGGAAUUCUCUCUUUUUAAGGAUUAGUAGCUUUGUCUUCAAAAUGUGCUGAAAGGAGACGUCUUUCAUCCGAGGGAUUUCUGCAAUGAUUCAACCAGCGGGUUACCGUGUUUUCCGAGUGGGGAUACUGCAUCUCUUUCCUUUGUGGCUGCUUGUAAAUCUGACACAUGCACAGUUCCGUUACUCUAUCCCCGAAGAACUGAACAGGGGAGAAAUUGUUGGCUAUAUUGCUAAAGAUCUUGGAACAGACGUGGCUAAACUAGUGGCUGCUAAUCUCCAGGUACUUUCUGAUUCCGAUUCCCAAUAUUUCUCUAUAAAUGUAAACAACGGAGCCAUAUUGGUGAACGACAGAAUAGACAGGGAGCUGCUCUGUGCACAGAGUGUCACUUGUAUACUGAACCUAAAAUUUGCCAUUGAGAAUCCAGUAGAAGUGUAUAGAAUUGAAGUGGAAAUAUUAGACAUAAAUGACAAUUCUCCAAGAUUCCAGGGUGAUGAGCUUACUUUAAAAAUAAACGAGCUGGCCUCACCGGGUGCUAGAUUUCUCAUCCCUAAUGCACAGGAUCCUGAUAUAGGUUCUAAUGCUUUGCAGGAGUAUCACCUAAGUCCCAGCGAGAAUUUUGCUUUAAUUGUCAAAAAACGGACUGAUGGCAGCAAAUUUCCCGAGUUAAUCCUAGAGAAGGCUCUGGACAGAGAGCAGACCGCUGUCCAUCACCUGGUGCUGAAGGCAGAGGAUGGUGGUGUUCCAAGCAGGUCUAGUACAUUGGAGAUAAAUGUUAUUGUCUUAGAUGCCAAUGAUAAUCAUCCUGCAUUUGAUCAGCCUUCCUAUAAUGUCCAGCUAAAAGAGAAUGCUCCCAAAAACUCCCUAGUGAUAAAACUUAACGCAACAGAUUUAGACGAAGGCCCGAAUGGCGAAAUUGAAUAUUUUUUCAGCAGCCACAACUCUGACGCUUUAAGUAACAUAUUUCAGCUUAAUUCGGAAACUGGAGAAAUCCGUGUUCUCGGUGAUCUGGAUUUUGAAGAGGUUUCAGUUUAUGAAAUUAAUAUUGAGGCUAGAGAUAAAGGAAGCCCAAUCAUGGAGGAACAUUGCAGUGUCAUAGUCCAUAUUAUUGAUGUGAACGACAAUACUCCGGAGAUGACUAUAAGUGCGUUCUCUAGUUCUGUUCCAGAGGAUUCACCAGCUGGGACAGUAGUUGCGGUGAUCACUAUAAAAGACAAAGAUCAUGGGGAUAAUGGAAGGGUACAGUGUCAAGUAGACAAAAAUAUCCCAUUUACCGUAAGAGAGGACUUUGAGCACCAGUUUUCAUUGAUCACCAGUGAUAACUUGGACCGUGAAAGUGUUUCUGAAUAUCACAUUACAAUAACUGCAAAAGACAUGGGUAAUCCCCCUCUUUCCACAGAGAAGGUUAUAUCAGUGGUAGUCUCUGACGUGAACGACAACGCGCCGCAAUUUGUUGAACCAGUUUAUGAGGUAUUUGUUGAAGAGAAUAACAAAGCCGGAGAACUUCUUUGCACUGUUUCAGCUUCCGAUCCGGAUUUGGACCAGAACUCGCUCUUGUCAUAUACAAUAUUACAAAAUCCCAAAGAGGAUUAUGCUUCUUCGUCGCAUAUUUACAUCAACUCUGAAAAUGGCCAAGUCUACCUUAAGUUUCCUCUUGAUUAUGAAAGAAUUAAUUACUUUCAGUUUCAAAUAGAAGUCUCCGAUGCUGGGUCUCCACCGUUAAAAAAUAAGACUGUUGUGCAUGUUUUUGUUCUAGAUCAAAAUGACAAUGCCCCUGUGGUGGUCUUCCCAUUAGUUGGAGCUAAUUCAGUUGCACAUUGUAAGAUACCGCUCUUAACUGGGCCAAAUGUUAUGGUAAGCAAGAUAUCGGCAGUGGAUUAUGACUCUGGUCGGAAUGCAUGGCUUUCAUACAACUUACUUGAUGCCACAGAUCCUACUUUGUUUAGCGUUGUCCUACGAACUGGGGAAAUAAAGACAAAACGUGCAAUUCAGGUUAUCGAUCCAACAAUUCAUGAACUUCUUCUUUUAGUGAAAGACUCUGGAGAGCCGUGCUUAUCCACCUCUGUGACUGUAAUGAUGACUCUAGAAGAUAAAAAUUUAGAAAUUUCCCAAGAUGUUAAAGACCAUUCCAAAAAAAGGAAUAUAUCAAGCUUAACCCUGUAUCUGAUUGUGUGUUUAAUAGUCAUUUUAGUGAUUUCAUUGAUUGGUUUGGCUGCUCUUGGAAUUAAAAUCCACAAAUGCGAGAACAAGAACAUACCUCUUUGCUGUCGGCAAAGUCAAAAGAAAACUGUGGGCACGGGAACUAAACUACAUGGAACAUUCCAGCUUCACCCAAGUCUCUGUAAUACUAUAAUAGGGGUCAGAGUGGACUGUGCUGGAAAUAUCCCAUCUAAUCGGCGGGUCAGAACCUGUUUCUCCCCAGUCUCAGAUAUAAGUGAGUUUAUGUUUAUGAGGCCACCUCAUGUUACUACAAACUCCUCGUCACCAGGGAUACUGGUUCCAGAUCCUAACUUCUCUAUUGCUUCCAAUGAGCAGGCACAGGCUAAUGUGGACUGGCAUUUCUCACAAGCUCAGAAACCUGGGACCAGCGGAACCCAACCGACUGAAGAAGCUGGGGUUUGGCCAAACAACCCGGUCGAAACAGAAAGACUUCAAGCAAUGAUCUUGGCUUCUGCAACAGAAGCAGCAGAAAGUUCCAACUUGGGAGGAGGAACAGGUACCAUGGGAUUAGGAGCCUGUUAUGGACCGCAGUUCACCCUACAGCAUGUGCCAGACUAUAGGCAGAACAUAUACAUUCCAGGAACUGCAACACUGGCUAACGCUGCUGUGAAACAAGAGGGGAAAGCGUCUGCACCUUCAGGAAAUAAGAAAAAAACUGCUAAAAAAGAGAAAAAAUCCUGAUUUUGUCGAACAGUUUUCAUGAUCUGGCAUAACCCUCAGAGCAUAUCACCCCAGCCGAUGAUCAUUUGGUGAAUGUCAUCUUUGCAAAGAAAGUAAUACUGACCAACUAAGGUGAAUAUUAAUAUCGAAAUAUUUAGUUGUCGAUUUAUGCUAAUAAUGAUAAUUGUACAAAGUCUUAUUAUUUUUUAUGGCGGUUUCACAACUGUUACAAUUGAAGUUAUCAAAUAUGCGCUGAUGAGUUUUUGUUUCCUGAGACAGUAAUUUCAUUUGGACAUUCUUCUGGUUCUAAACCAUGUGGCCCUUAUUUACUAGCAUAGGUGCAAGUCUGCACCAGUAAUACAGAACAACCAAUCAGCAGUAAGCUUUGAUCAGUCAAACCCAGUUACAAUAGUGAAACGGAUGACCUGAUUGGUUGCUAUUGAUUACUGCAGCCAACUAUGAAUCCUUGUUUGCAAAUAAUGGUCAAUAU